AUGGAGGAGUUCGAGAAGACAGACUUGGUCCUGAAGACUUUCAGAUGUUUGAUCGCAGAUCUGUGCCAUCAGUUCGGAUGUGGCCACCCAGGCUCCGCCAUGGGCAUGGCCGGCAUUGGCGUUGCGCUCUGGAAAUAUGUCAUGAAGUACUCCCCCUCAAAUCCCGACUUCUUCAACCGCGAUCGAUUCGUCCUUUCCAACGGACACGCCUGCCUCUUCCAGUACGCAUUCCUCCAUCUUGUCGGAUACAAGCAGAUGACUUGGGAGCAACUCCUCACCUACCACUCUCCUCGUUUUGACUCGAUCACUCCCGGCCACCCUGAGAUUGAGAUCGAUGGUGUCGAAGUCACAACCGGUCCCCUCGGGCAGGGUAUUGCCAACGCUGUCGGUCUCGCCAUGGCUACCAAGCACCUAGGAGCGACCUACAACCGCGGCGAGUUUGAAGUCGUCAACAACAUGACCUGGUGCACGAUUGGAGACGCUUGCUUGCAGGAAGGUGUCGGAAUGGAAGCAUUCCAACUUGCUGCCCACUGGAGGCUCAACAACCUCUGUGUGCUCUACGAUAGGAACGAGAUCACUUGCGAUGGCUCCGUUGAUCUCUGCUCAUCUGACGACGUCAAUGCCAAGAUGCGUGCGGUCGGUUUCGAAGUGCUCGAAGUCGCCGAUGGUAACAACGAUGUCGAAGCGCUCGUCAAGGCCAUGAUCCAAGCGAGAGCGUCCAAGGACAAGCCGACGUUCAUCAAUAUCCGUACCACCAUCGGCGUCGGCAGCACUGUCGAAGGCGAUGCCAAAUCCCACGGAGCCGACCUCGGAGAGAAGGACAUUAUCCAGCUGAAGAAGAAGUUCGGUAUGGACCCGGAGAAGACGUUCGUUGUCUCCGAUGAAGUCUACAACUACUUCCGCGAAGCCGUCCCUCGUGGCCAGCAGCUCGAGAAGGACUACGCCGCCAUGAUCGCCAAGUACACCGAAGCACACCCCCAACUCGCCGCCGAGUUCCAAAAGCGCCGCAACGGCGAGAUGAUCGCCGACUGGACCAAGAUGGUCCCCAAACUCGAAGACUUCCCUACUGAAGCGACACCCACACGCAAAGCCGCAGGUCAAGUCCUCAAUCCGAUCGCUGAGAACAUCUCCAACCUCAUGGUCGGCACAGCAGAUCUAACGCCCUCAGUGAACAUGGCCUGGAAAGGCAAAGUCGACUUCCAAAACCCCGACCUCCAAACGGCAUGCGGCCUCAACGGUCGCUACGAUGGCCGCUACAUUCACUGGGGAAUCCGCGAGCACGCCAUGGCGUCCGCCUCUAACGGCAUGGCCGCCUUCAACAAGGGCACCAUCCUACCCAUCACCUCCUCCUUCUUCAUGUUUUACAUCUACGCCGCGCCAGGGUUACGAAUGGGUUCCCUUCAGAACUUGCAGACGAUCCACAUCGCCACGCACGACUCCAUCGGCACAGGCGAGGACGGUCCGACUCACCAGCCGAUCGAACUCGCGGCUCUGUACCGUGCGAUGCCAAACUUCCAUUAUAUCCGUCCUGCAGAUGGCGAGGAAGUGGCCGGUGCUGUCAUCGCCGCGAUCGGCGCUAAGGACACCCCGUCUAUGAUCUCCGUGUCCCGACAAAACGUACCGCAGUACCCGCAAUACUCCUCUCGCGAAGGCGUGCAAAAGGGCGCUUACGUCUGGGUGGAAGAAGAGAACGCGGACGUCACCCUCAUUGGCGUGGGCGCAGAGAUGAAAUUCGCCAUGGGCGCGCGUGAGGAACUGACCAAAGCCGGUCUCAAAGUCCGCGUGGUCUCCUUCCCCUGCCAGCGAAUCUUCGAAGCGCAGUCGAAAGAGUACAAGAAAUCCGUACUCGGCACAGCACCCCGAGUGGUCGUGGAGGCCUACUCGCCGAAUGGAUGGGAGAGGUACGCGGAUGCGGCGUAUAGCAUGCACUCGUUCGGGCAGAGCUUGACGGGCGACUAUGUGCAUGAGCGGUUCAAUUACAAUAAUGAGAAGAUUGCGAGGAAGGUCGAGGCGUUGGUGGAGGAGGUGAAGAAGGAGGGGAUCGAAGUGCUCAGGGGUGACUUUAGGGAUUUGAACUUUGAUUAUCCGAGGGAUAUUCAGUUUGCGGCUUAUCACAAGCACUAG